CUGUUUCCUACUCACUUUCUCUCACACACAAACAGGGGAUCGUUUUUCAGCUAAUUCUGAGCCAGUUCCCAUAUAAAGCUUCAGUCUUCAGCUUCAUUGUUCUCUACGUUCACUUAGCUAGUUCUUUUCUUUUUCAUUUGGGAAGGCAAGCAAAAGCAAAGCACGAGAGGUAAGCAUUACAAGUUCUUGUCGCAUACUCCUUGAUUUUGCUUUUUAUAUUAUCAUUUUGAUCUAAAGAAAAGUGAAAAUAAGAGAGAAAAAUGAGUUAUAUUUCUAUGAUUGGUUCUGUGAUUGCUCCAAUUGCUUCGAAACUAUCGGAUUACAUAUUCCCUCCCAUCACGGAUCGAUUUGGUUAUCUGUUUCACUACAAUAAAAAUGUGAAAAACAUCAGAGAAUUACUUGAGAAAUUGCAAGAUAAGAGAUCUAGGGUUCAAGGGAGGGUACAUCUAGCCAAAAGAAAUGGGGAACUUAUUGAAUCAGAUGUUGAGAGGUGGCUUAGUAGAGUAGGUGAGGUUGUUGAGAAAUUGGGAAAAUUCUUGGAAGAUGAUGCUAUUGGGGAGAAAAGGAGCUGCUUCAAUGUGUGUUGUCUUCAUCUUUGUUCAUCCUAUAAGCUGAGUAAGGAAGCCAAGAAAGAGGACCCCAUUGUUGCUGCGCUUUUACAAGAUGGUGAUUUUGGGGGCGGCGUCUCACAUCCAGCCCCUCAUCCGGGUAUUGCCCCGACAGCAUUUAAGACUUUUGAAUCGAGAAUGCCGGUUAUGGAGGAGAUAAUGGAGGUUUUGAAGAAAGAUGAGUUUCGGAUGAUUGGGAUACAUGGGAUUGGAGGUGUGGGGAAGACGACAAUUGCAAAAGAGGUUUUUGCUAGGGCAAAAAAAGAUGAAUUAUUUGAAGAGGUUGUGAUGGCAGUCGUGUCUCAAGCACCAAAAAUAAGAGAAAUCCAAGGACAAAUUGCGGAUCUCUUAGAUUUGAAGUUUUCUGAGGAGACUGAAGCUGGAAGAGCUGGUCGAUUACAUGCGAGGCUGAAUGGAAAAAGGGUUCUUGUAAUAUUGGAUGAUGUUUGGUCGGGCCUUGAUUUGGCCACUAUAGGCAUCCCUUUUGGAAAUGAUUUUAAGGGCUGUAAAAUCAUGUUUACAUCUCGAGACAAAGAUGUGUGUACCGAGAUGAAAACCCAAAAGGAUUUCUUCAUCAACGUUUUGAGUGACGAAGAAGCAUGGAGUCUAUUCAGGGAGAUCGUGGGUGAUGUUUUGGAGACCAUUGACUUGCGUUCGAUAGCAACACAAGUUGCUAAAGAAUGUGGUGGUUUGCCAAUCGCGAUUAUAACUGUUGGAAAUGCAUUGAAAAAGAAAGGUAUACAUGGGUGGAAGGAUGCUCUUCACUUGCUAAAAGAUUCUGCUCCAAGAAACAUCAAAGGAAUGCAUGGCAAAGUGUAUGCAAAUAUAGAGUUGAGUUACAACUCUUUAGAAAGUGAGGAGGCCAAAUCAUGUUUCUUGCUUGGUUGUCUUUUUACAGCAGACACAGAUAUUGUAAUUGAACAAUUGGUAAUAUAUGCAAUAGGGCUAAGGUUGUUUGAAAAUGUCAAUACAUUUGAAGACGAGAGAAACAGAACAUAUUCUUUGAUAUAUGACCUCAAAGCUUCUGGUUUGUUAUCAGAUAGCAAGCAUGUAGGAUGUGUGAGAAUGCACGAUGUCAUUCGGGAUGUUGGCCUGUUUAUUGCAUCCAAAGGUAAACAUAUAUUUAUGGCAAAAGCAGGUGCUGAAUUGAAAGCAUGGCGGCCGAGGAAGGACACUUUGACACCAUAUACUGGGAUUUCCUUGAUGUUUAAUGACGGUGAUGAUCUUCCACAAUCACUGGAAUGCCCAAAACUCCAGCUUUUAUCGUUGUUAGGAAAUUUUAGAUCUCUAAGAAUCCCUGAAACUGUGUUUAAGGGAAUGACAGAACUUAGUGUUUUGGAUAUGAGUAACAUUCUGUCACCACCAUCAUUUGGAUUUAUGGCAAACCUUCGGACAUUGCGCCUAAAUCAUUGCAACUUGGAUAACGUGUCAAUUUUGGGUGAACUAAAGUCACUUGAGAUUCUUAGCUUCUCAAAUUCAAGCAUCAGAGAGUUGCCAAGUGAAAUUGGACAAUUGACUUGUUUGAGGUUAUUAGAUUUGGACAGCUGUCAUGAACUAGAAGUUAUUCAACCAGGUAUAAUAUCAAGCCUGUCCCAACUGGAAGAGUUGUAUAUGGGAGACACUUCUGUGUGUUGGGAGAUUGAAGAAGAAGGAAGAAAGAGAAGCAAUGCAAGCUUUGUUGAGCUGGAAUCGUUGUCAAAUUUAAUCAUCUUAGACAUUCAUGUACCUGAUGUCAAAUUGUUGGGCAAAAGCAGCUUCUUUCGAAAUCUGGUGAGAUUUAGAUUGUCGGUUGACAGUCAUUUUAAUGAGAAGGCUAGCUAUCUAUUCUCAGCUACUUUGAGACUCAAACUUGAUAUGGGUAUUCCUCUACAAUAUGGACUUCUUGACUUGUUGGGUAGAACUGAAGAUCUCUGUCUAGAUGGAUUAAAGGACUUGAAGAAUAUUCUUUAUGAAUUAGAUCGCAAGGGCUUUAGACUACUGAAGUAUCUCAAAAUUUUUGGUUGCCAUGAUGUAGAGAAUAUCAUUGAUACAAUGCAGGUAGGUAAAUAUAUUGCCUUCCCAUGUUUAGAGAAACUGUAUGUCCAGGACUUGGAACAAUUGAAGAGCAUAUGCUGCCAUGGCCAACUUCCAGAAGGGUCCUUUGGUCAGCUAAGUGUGCUUGAGGUGUUCAAUUGUCCUUUGCUACAGGUGGUAUUUGACCUUACUGGCCUUCUAGUAGAAAAGGCACAGACUCUACUGUUCUCACAAUUAACAGAGUUGAGGUUCUCUCAACUUCAUACUUUAAAGCAUAUGUGGAAAGGCACCAUAGAACUUGUAUCCCUUAAAAAUCUUACAAUUGUGGAGGUAGAACGUUGUGAUGCACUGGAGGAUCUCUUCUCACCAUCCAUUGCUAGAACUCUUGUACAUCUCCAGUUACUAAUAAUGGACAAGUGCAAGAUGAUAAAGGAAAUAUUCAGCAAUGAAAGUGCAAAAGAAGUCAUUGGCGAGAUUUCGCUCCCUCAGUUGAAUUCCUUGAAACUUCGAAGCCUGCCAAACAUCAUUAGCUUUUGGCCUAUGGUAAACCAGUCAGCACAACAGGUCACCCGACAACCUCUCUUCAAUGCAAAGGUUUCUUUUCCCAAUCUGGAGAAACUGGAGCUCACUUUCAUGGACAACUUGAAAGAGAUAUGGAGCGCGGAAGUUCUACCUACAUCCUUGUAUCAGUUAAGAGUUCUGGUGGUGAUUGGGUGUUGCGCUCUGUUGAAAAUUGCUCAAACCAAUUUGCUGCAAAGUUUCCAUAAUCUAGAAUUGCUAGAAGUACGCAGCUGUGAUUCACUGAGAGAGGUCUUUGACAUUGAAAUACUUGAAAUUAAACAAGAAGAAGCAAAGUUUGCCCUCUUGCGGUUAAGGGAAAUAAAGCUGAUUAACCUGCCUACAUUGAAGCAUUUAUGGAGCCAUGAUGCUCAAGGAGUCCUUAGCCUUAGAAAUCUGACAAUUCUAGAAGUGAGAAAUUGUGGGUGUCAGGAAAAUCUCUUCUCAUCCUCGGUGGGCAGAACCCUUGUGCAACUUAAAGAAAUACGAAUUAUUAAGUGCAAGUUUCUAGAAGAGAUAAUUGCUAAGGCGAAAGGAGAAGAAGCAUCAGCAAAAGAGAUUGUGUUUCCUCAAGUAAGAAGCCUUGUACUUGAAAACCUGCCAAGCCUCACAAGCUUCAGCCCAGAAUGUUGUAUUUUUGAGUGGCCAUCCUUGAAAAAGCUGAGGAUAGCUGGCUGUUACAAAUUGGCUUCCUUCGCCCCCUCUGAUCUCGACCUUACUGUUUCCAAACAACAACUCUUUAAUGAUAAGGUUGCAUUCCCAGAAUUGGAAGAAUUGAUCCUUGGUGAUAUGGAAAAUAUCAUAGAGAUAUGGCACAAACAAAUACCGGUCUUGUCUUUCUUGAAACUACUUGAACUAAAGGUGGUCUGUUUUCCCAAAUUAUUGUCUGUUGGUCCUUCCAGUUUUCUACAAAGACUUCGAAAUCUAGAAACACUUACUAUAGAAGACUGUAGCUCAUUGGAAGAAAUGUUUGACACUGAGGAGCUUGAUAUUGAGGAAGGGUAUGCAAAGCCACUCUCCCGGUUAAGAGAUUUGACAUUACUGAGUCUUCCUAGGUUGAUGCAUUUAUGGAGCAUGGAUUCAAAAGUAUAUAUGGGCUUUCAAAGCUUAAGUACUCUAACAAUUGAUUGCUGUGACUCAUUGGUUAGUAUCUUCUCACCAUCAAUUGCUGGAGUUCUUGUGCAACUUUAUUGUCUAGAUGUAAGAAAAUCCAAGAAAUUAAGAGAAGUUAUUGCUAGGGGAAGGGAUGGUGAAAUCGUUGAAAAGAUUGUGUUCCCCAAUAUAAAAGUUAUAUCACUUGGAAAACUCGCAAGCCUUACUGCUUUCUGCAAUGGAAGUUAUUCUUUGGAUUGUCCACUUUUGGAGGCUUUAACAUUGAAAAAAUGUUCCCAAAUUGAUAAAUUCACUGCAGAAAAGGUAGGGAUAACCAACAAUGGAUUGGAGGUAACACAUUUGGAGGGAAAUCUUGAUGUACGGUUAAAGCACAUCUUUAAUGAAAAGAUUACAUUGCCUCGCUUGACGGAAUUGAAGCUCUCAUAUGCUAAUAAUUUGAGAGAGAUAUGGCAUGGGAAACUUCCAAUUGGGUCGUUUUGUAAACUAUGGCUCAUAGAGGUGGAAGACUGUCACCAACUGAUGAGCAUUGUUCCAUCCAAUUUACUCCAAAGGUUACAACAGUUAGAGAGACUUUAUGUUGCAAGGUGCCCUUCUCUGGUGAAGGUUUUUGACUUUGAAGGACUAAAUGUUGUGGACAGAUGUGCAGAACUCCGUAAUUUGAAAGAAUUGACAUUGCAACAUUUAGCUAAGUUAACAUAUGUUUGUCACGGGGUACCCCCUGGGUUUCAAGGAUUUCAGAACCUAGGUUCCCUGAAUAUUGAGAAUUGUGAUAGCUUGAGAUUUGUAUUCCCAGCUUCCGUGGCAAAAUGUCUAGUGCAGCUCCAAUCUCUAACCAUAAUUACAUGCAACUCAAUGAAAGAAAUAGUAGUAGAAGAAGAAGUAGUUGAUAUAAUUGAGUUCCGUUGUUUGGAUGCUCUUGUGCUCAAAGAUCUACCAAAUCUCAUGAGUUUUUGUUUGGGGAAUUGCACUUUAGAAUGGCCCUCCUUGAGACAACUAACCAUAGAUAAAUGCCCCCAGUUGAAGUCCUUUCCAUCCAGAUUCCAGAGCACUCAAAAGUUAAGGGGAACAUAUGUAGAAUCCGAAGAAACAGUUCGUGAGGCUGACCUCAAUAUAUCUGUUCAGUAUCUGUUCAAUGAAAAGGUUUCAUUUCCUAGCCUAGAGGAAUUCAAUCUCAACUUUGUGAACUUGAAUGACAUAUGCCACAGCCUUCCCUCUUUGUCUUUAUGCAAGCUAAGAACCUUGUGGGCUGAAAACUGUGACAAACUGUUGAGUGUUGUUACAUCUAGUACAUUAGAAAGUUUACACAAUCUACAAGAUCUUGUUGUUCAAUGCUGUGGCUCAUUGGCUGUGGUUUUUGACUUGGAAGGAAUUGUUGUUGAAGAUGAACAUGUACCGCCGCUCUCAAUGUUAAAAAAGUUGGUGCUAAGAGAACUACCUGUCUUGAAGCACAUAUUGAAGAAGGGUCCCACAGUAAAAGCUGUCUUUCAAAAUCUAAAAACUUUGAAAUUACAUGAUUGUGAUAGUUUGCAAAAUCUCUUUCCAAUCUCCAUAUUUAGAGGCAUUGCUAGACUUCAAAAACUAGAUGUGAGAAGAUGCAAAAUGAUGGAAGAAAUUAUUACCAAGGAAGAAGGGGAUGUAGUAACUGCCAACAUGAUUGAGUUCCCUGAACUUGACUCCAUUACCCUUAAAUCUCUACCAAAGCUCAUUAGUUUCUUCCCUAGAAAAUACACUUUGAAGUGCCCAUCCUUGAAUGCAAUAUGGGUAAAAGACUGUCCCAAAAUGAAGUCCAUCUGUGGACACGAAGGCUCAAAGAAGCUAGUGAGAAUGCAAGCAGGACUUGAUGAAUGGCUUUGGAGAAGUGCAUCAUGUAACACUUUCGAAUUCUUCAGCUUGAACAAUCAGUAUGUGGCAAUGGAGCUUGUUGUUGAGAGCGAUACUGAAGAUACAUUGGCAGGGGUUUCUAUUUCAAAUGAUUACUUGGGGGAGACAGAUAACCAAGAGAAAGUGACACAUCUGAAGUUGCCAAGAGUGAUUCUAGAAGAUUGUGUUCAAAUGGGUGAAAAUAAAGACAGAAAAAGGUUUAAAAUCAUAUUAAGGGAGGGAGGUUGUGAAUCAUGGGAGGCUCAAUGAAGGUGGAGAUUUAAAAACCAACACGCACUCGAAAGGAAAUUAUGAAAACAAGUUUGUUGAAAUCAGUGUUGAAUAUUAUAAAUUAGGUAUGCAGAGACUGUCUUUAUUGAUAUUGACAUUUUGCCUGAUAAGGUUUGAUCAAUGCAAAUAGCCAAAACUAGUGUAAGAUCCACACUUGAAUAGAAACUUCCAGCAAAUGAUGAACGCCCAAAAGAUGAGUAAAAAAAAUGCUUGAUUUCAUAAAAGAUUCAAAUAGAGCAUCGCUCUGGAUCGCAUUGGACUUGUGGAGGGAAAAGAGAUGAGAAUGGGAAAGUGAAAAAAAAAAAUGCUUCUACUUCAUACACUUCUCCUUUCCCAUUUUUUUUUCCUUCCACAAAUCUGUCUACAAAUGCAUGAUCCAAACACAACAUAAAGGUUCUCUUCCUUAGAAGUAGGUUGCAUGCCUUUCUAUUUUAUCUUAUCAUGUUUCUUUGCUUCUAUUUAGCCUUUAUGCUUAUCUUUUCUAGGGGGAAAAAAAGAGUCUAGGUGUUCAAAAAUUUUGGAGACCUAGAACAUGAUGGGGAUUACAUCUCUCUUUGUCAAGUGGUGAUUUAUGAAAUCCCCUUGACUCUUUAGGAAUUUCCUUUUCAACCAUGGCAACAAACUUGGUAGGGCAGUCAAAAGGGAGAUGGCCAAAACCAUUACAAUUAUAGCAUCAUGUUUCAGAAGCAUCAUUGCUUAAAAGCACUAGAACUAGACUGCUUAUUGGGUACAUUCGAUUCCCUAAUGUGCUUGUUGAAGAAUGAGUUGGGCUGCUGUUAGAAUUAGAAGAACCACUAUGCAAUCUCUCAACAAUCACUAAAAUCAGCUUACUAAUUUCUCGCUUAGAUAGUUAUUUUGCAGUGGAAAUUUUAUGGAAGAUUUUAGUGGCAAAUCCUCUUAUAACUUGAAUAGUAUCACUUAAUGAAUAGAGCAUAGUUGCAGUAAGUUUAAAAGCAAGCUGUGGCUUUAAUUCAUUAUAAUCAUAACAUCUUCAUUCCAAUCAAAAGAACUACCCAAAAAAAUUUAUAUAAAAAAAAAAUAAAAAAAAUUCAAAA